UUGCCGCUCGGCUACUGCUGCUGCUGCUCCUGCUCGCGUAGCAGCAUCGCCUCGCGCCUCUCACGCUAGCCGUCUAUUCUCGUCGGCGCUAGUGCGGUCAGGCCUGAGCGCGGAGGCUCACAGAAACGCCGACUCGGUCGACGAGAUGUCGACACCACCGAGCGGCUCGUCCAGGCUCGAUUCGCGCCACAGUCCUGCUCCUGGGCCUGCGAGAACAUCGCGGCUCGAGUCUGUCACGAGCUCACCUCUCGGCAAAGCCAAGCGACAGAGCAUUCCCGCUGCAGGUACCGGCUCGGGCAUUGGUCGAUCGCGAGGAGGCCUGGGCGGCAUGUACUCCUCCUCACCACGGGCAGGCUUCGGUCCUCGACGCGGCUCAACGUCACAAUACUCCGAUCGACGUCUGCUGGCUCAAGACACGUCUGCCAUCGAGAACGACUCGGAAUCAGGCGAGGAAGAGGCCAUGGCGACGGACGACACGCGCGAGUUUGCAGAUGACGAUGAAGCAGAUGAUGACUUUGACGACCCCCAGAAGACACCCACGGACACCCAUCCUGCAGGUUUGAGCGCUCGCACACGCGCUCAGAGCAAACGAAUCUCCCAGCUCUUACCCACCCAGCCCGGGCGCUCGAGCACGCGACUCAUGAGUACUUCGUCGCGCCGCCGCAGUCAGUGGUCAUCGCCUGCACGUCGAUCGAUGUAUCAGCCCGUAACGGAUGCCUACGACGAUUCGCAGGCAGGCGGUCCACCUAGAGAUACAUCCAUCGCGCCACCCGUCAUACCCUCUGCAUUACCGACUGGAUCGGUGCCGCCCUAUUCGACGCCCCUACCGACGAUACCCAUCAUCGUACUCUGUAUCUGCAUGGUUGGCGAGUUUCUCUCCGCUUCGACGACGGCCCCCUUCAUCUUCUUCAUGAUCGCCGACUUUGGUGAGGUCCAAGGGGAGGCAGCAGUUGGCCUCUGGGCGGGCAUCGUCGGAAGUAGCUUCUUCCUGGCCCAGUUCUUUGUGUCCUUGCUCUGGGCCUCCGCAGCUGACAAGUACGGCCGUCGUGCCGUGCUUUUCGUUGCGCUGCUCGGCAAUGCGGUCACACUGUUCUGCUUCGGUCUCUCGACCAAUCUAGCGAUGGCCAUCUGCAUUCGUAUGGGUCAAGGACUUUUCAAUGGCGCGGUCGGCGUCGCUCGUGGCGCAGUCAGAGAUGUGACGGAUCCGACCAACGAAGGGCGCGCUUACACCUUGCUCGGCUUCUGCUGGUCUAUCGGCGGUAUCAUUGGUCCCAUCAUCGGUGGCCUGCUCGAGCAUCCCGUAGAGAACUACCCGUGGCUGUUCAGCAAGUCAAGCCUGUUUGCGGAGUAUCCCUACUUGCUCCCCUGCAUCAUCAGCUCGUCCGUCACGGCAAUCGGAUGCAUCCUCACGCUUUUCCUUGGCUACGACGGCGGAGAGCGUACCGGAGGGAUCAAGCUAGCUAUGGAGAAGGAUCUCGAACGCGCAAAAAGUCUACCUCUGCGAAUACGCGAUCGUUUCCUCGGAUGUCUCUCUCGUCGUCAUCGCCCCGUAUCAGCACCAUCAGAGACUGUCAAUCUCUCGCCAGAGCAGCGCACAUCUGCACUGCUGCCUGCGCCGACGCAGAACCCAUUGGCGAUACCUCGCACAGCGACCAGGCAGACGACCACAAGUCAGAUGCCGGGCAGUGCGUAUGGCUAUGAGGCAUCAUUCAGAUCUCGGUACACUGGACGACCGAGAGCCUCCAGCUUUGCCACAACGACGCGCUAUGCACCCGACCAGGAUGACAUGCAUGACGACUCGCAGAAUCUCAACUUUGUACAACGUCUGCUGCUCGCAAACGAAGACGCAGUGUUUCAGAUUUCGGAUCUUUGGGUUGCUGCAGCUACGCGAGAUGAUGACCAGUACAGUCAGGCAGACUGGGAAGAGGGACAGAGCGUGAUGGAUGAUGCGGAUUAUGACGACGAAGGAUCUCAGCCUGACGAGGAGUCCCGCGAAGGUGAUCGAAUGAGCUCCGCUUACGACCGUUCACAACCUCCGUCCAUGACAAGUUUGCGAGGCCGAGCAGCGGAGCAGCAGCUUGCUUCGGAGAGCGCCGUCAGCAUACAGUCGUAUCAGCAAGAUCAGAACCUCAGCGUGCCUGCCUCUCGACGGGCCUCUCGCAACAUCAGUCGAUAUAGCACGCGCUCGCCGGAACCCCGUGAUCGGGCCUUACCAGCUACGCGUGAGAGGCCAUCCUUCUCCCAGAAUUUUCCGCCUUCGACUGGCUUCGGUCAAACUUCGCGACGCUUCAGCACUGCCUCGCGCGUGCCGGCCAUCUUUGCCAAUACCGGUCUCAGUCAGCCUCUGCCUAUGCUCAGUCCAUCCUAUGGACGCGAGCGAGAGCAGUACUUUGACGGCAUGCCGGACACGACGGCUCCCCUUGCGGCUAUUCCGGAGAACAAGUCUGCGAUCCACACAGAAGCCUCACCUGAGCCGCCUUCGCGUACGGAGAAGCCGUCGAUCUUUGCAGAUCUGCCAAUGGGAUUGAUCGCUCAGUAUGCUAUCCUCGCGUUGCAUGGUACAACUUGCGAUCAGAUCUUCAUGAGCUUCCUUGUGACCAAGCAAGACAUGGGCGGACUCGAGCUCACUGCCGGACACUACGCCGAGCUUGUCGCCGUGAUGUGCUUCUUUCAGGUGGGUCUAUCUGAAGAUAGAAGUACUCGUGCUCAUUUGUCGAUUGGACAGAUGAUCUUUCAGUUCAAGUUCUACCCGAACGUCGGGCCCCCGCUUGGCAAGCUCUCGCAUCUUGCGAUGUUCAGAUUGGGCCUGUGCCUAUACAUACCUGCGUACCUGCUCUUCCCAGAGUUGCGUGCGUUGAUUCCAUCAGGCAAUGGGCUCGUCAUGUUCGGCAUGAUCUUGCUCAGCGCGAUUCGCUUCCUCGCAAAUACAUGUGCAUAUUCUGCGGUCAUGAUUCUAACGAACGCACUCACCCCGCCGCACCUGAUCCCGAUGAGCAACGGCCUCGCACAGUCCGCAGCAUCUCUGGCACGCUUCAUCGGUCCACUGUCGGGAGGUUUCAUCUGGAGUUGGUCCAUCUCUCGCGGGCCGGACUACUACCCUUAUCCAGCCAAUUACGCAUUCGGUUUCUUCCUGAUCGCUGUCGUCUGCUUCCUCGGUCUCGUCUGGUCCUUCCGACUUCGCUGACGACGCACGCAUUGUAGCUCUGUAAAUCGGUUCAG